UUGCGACUGUUUCUCAACCAGCAACCAAACCAAUUAUGAGCACUGUAAAUUCCAACUACCACUAUACCAGGAGUUGCACACCUACUCUAUUAGUCUACACGGCUUUUUUCUGACAAACUUCCAUAUCGAAAACUAUAUGAGCAUUUAAUUCAAGAAGAUUUUCUCAGGACAGUUAGAGAUAUAUAUGUAUAUAUAUGGAUACUUCCAAUCAAUCCUUCUCUUUGAAUUUUAGCCUUUCAUCAUGGUUUUAAAUAACUGAAAGGUGGUGGCAUUGCAGAAUCAGCUCUAUGGCACAGUGCAAAGUUUCGAAUUGCUGCUCAGUUUUACCGCUUCUUGUGGUUCUGCUCUCUUUGUCUAGCGUCGUCGUCGUGUCGAUAAGUUCAGGUCAAGAUGAAUAUGCAUCAGCAGUAGGAGAUUCAGGGAUGAGAAGGGAUGGUUUGAGAUUGGCAAUAGAAGCAUGGAACCAGUGCAAUGAAGUUGGAGAAGAAGCUCCCGGAAUGGGAAGUCCUAGAGCUGCUGACUGCUUUGACAUAUACAAAGCUUCUCCUCAGCAAGGACAAAAUCAAUGCUCGCUCUGCAAUCUAUUGCCUUACAUUCUAGUCCACAGGGUUACGGAGAAAGAAAACAGACUGGGGGUGGGGGAACCUUUUAUGGGACUGCAGCAUGAGGCGCUCAAUAACGUCGACCUAUAUGCGGCAGAAAAAGAACUGUACUUGGGAAGUAAAUGCCAAGUUGAAGAUACACCAAAGCCAUGGCAGUUCUGGAUGAUCAUGCUUAAGAGUGGUAAUAUGGACACGUACGCAGCUAGAUGCCCGAAAAAUGGGCACAAAGUAGGCCCUUUUGGUCCUGAUGGCCAGUUCCCAUGCUUCGGCAGAGGGUGCAUGAACCAGCCAUUGAUUUAUCAUAACUACACCACAUUACAAGGGCCUAAUCGAAUGACACUCAGGGGAAGUUUUUAUGGAUCGUGGGAUUUGGAUGCAGAUCUGAGCAAGGGAAUGCCAGUGAGUAACGUUUCCUAUCAUUCAGUCACUUGGGAGAAGGAACUUGGGGAAGGAAGUUGGAUCUUUCACCAUGUUUUGAGGACUUCAGAGAAGUAUCCGUGGCUGAUGCUUUACCUAAGGGCAGAUGCAACAACAGGAUUUUCUGGUGGAUACCACUAUCCUACCAGGGGGAUGUUAAAAUCUAUACCAGAAUCACCAGAUUUUAAAGUGAGAUUCAAACUGAAUGUGAUCAGGGGUGGUGGCCGUGGCAGCCAGUUCUACUUACUUGACAUGGGGAGCUGCUGGAAGAACAAUGGCCAGCCCUGUGACGGAGAUGUAACUUCAGACGUGACACGUUACAGUGAAAUGAUAUUGAAUCCAGAAACGCCCUCAUGGUGCCAUGCAGAUGACAUCAAAUUGUGCCCCCCAUACCACACGUUUCCUAAUGGGACACGGGUUCAUCGGAAUGAUACUGGUCGUUUUCCAUAUGAGGCCUAUCACUUGUACUGUUCCCCUGGUAAUGCGGAGUACAUAGAGAAGCCUAAUGUCAUGUGUGAUCCUUAUAGCAAUCCUCAGCCACAGGAGAUAUUGCAGAUUCUGCCUCACCCUGUUUGGGGUGACUAUGGGUAUCCAACAAGGAAAGGAGAGGGUUGGGUUGGGGAUCCGAGGAGUUGGGAUCUCGACGUUGGGAGAUUGUCGCAGUCUCUUUAUUUUUAUCAGGAUCCAGGGACUGCUCCAGCUAGGAGGCAAUGGACAUCCAUAGACUUGGGAACAGAAAUUUAUAAGGAUCCCAAUCAAGUGGCAGAAUGGACUGUCAGUGAAUUUGACAUUCUUGUGCCCAGAAAAUACUGAUGUAGUAAAAAAAUGAUACUAGUCUUUUUUGAAAUUUAUGGCGAACUUCAGCUCUUAUUAUUAUUUUUUAUUCUCCAAUUUCGAUUCUCUUGAUCCUGCUAAGUUGCGGGAGAUGAAUGUAAAAUUGUUCGGUUCUCUCUGUAUUGGAGAAAA